UGGAAGUGAAAAUCGAUACGGGUGUGACUGAAAGCUGCUGCAUGGAUGUUGUGAAGAAAUACUAGCGAGUCGUUGGUGGUGAAAGGGGUUAACGCAAUAGCGUCGUGUUUAUCGUCUAGUUUUUAAUAUUCUUUUUUUAAAAUGGGAAACUGCCACACCGUUGGACCUAACGAAGCCCUGGUGGUUUCAGGUGGCUGCUGUGGCUCUGAUCAAAAGACAUAUGUUGUCGGAGGCUGGGCUUGGGCAUGGUGGCUCAUCUCUGACAUCCAGAGAAUGUCUCUGGAGGUUAUGACCAUCCUGUGUCGCUGUGAGAAUAUCGAAACCUCGGAGGGUGUUCCCUUGGAUGUGACUGGGGUGGCCCAGGUAAAGGUGAUGACCGAGAAUGAACUGCUGGGUUACGCCUGCGAGCAGUUUCUAGGGAAGUCAGUCGUGGAGAUCAAGAGCGUCAUCCUGCAAACUCUUGAAGGUCACCUGCGUGCCAUCCUUGGCACCUUGACUGUGGAGCAGAUUUACCAAGACAGGGACAAGUUUGCCAGUCUGGUCCGAGAGGUGGCAGCACCUGAUGUCGGCCGCAUGGGCAUUGAGAUCCUCAGCUUUACCAUCAAGGAUGUGUAUGACAAAGUGGAGUAUCUGAGCUCACUUGGCAAAACACAGACAGCUGCAGUGCAAAGGGACGCAGACAUCGGCGUGGCAGAGGCAGAGAGAGAUGCUGGAAUCAGGGAAGCCGAGUGUAAGAAAGAAAUGAUGGAUGUUAAGUUCUUAGCAGAUACAAAAAUGGCCGAUUCCAAGCGAGAGCUGGAAAUGCAGAGAGCAGCCUUCAAUCAGGAAGUGAACACGAAGAAAGCAGAAGCUCAGCUUGCUUAUGAGCUACAAGCAGCCAAAGAGCAGCAGAAGAUCCGUCUGGAAGAAAUUGAAAUCGAAGUGGUCCAGAGGAAGAAGCAGAUCAAGAUUGAGGAGAAGGAGAUUGACCGCACUGACAAGGAGCUCAUUGCCACUGUGAAAAGGCCUGCUGAGGCAGAAGCCUACAGGAUGCAGCAGUUGGCUGAGGGACAUAAGAUGAAGACGGUCCUUACAGCCCAGGCUGAGGCAGAGAAGAUCCGCUUCAUCGGCGAAGCAGAGGCCGCCUCCAUCGAAGCUGUGGGCAAGGCUGAGGCUGAGAAAAUGAGGCUGAAGGCUGAAGCUUACCAGCAAUACGGCGCUGCUGCCAAGACAGCCUUGGUCCUGGAGGCUCUGCCCAUAAUUGCCAGCAAGGUGGCUGCACCGUUGGCCAAGACCAAUGAGAUUGUUAUCCUGAGUGGCGAAAGCAGCCGUGUUACAGGAGAGUUGAACCGUCUGUUAGCUGAACUCCCCGUUUCUGUCAACGCCCUCACCGGAGUGGAUCUGACCAAGAUUCCUCUGCUGCAGAAGAUGACCAGCCAAGCCGCCGUCUAAUGAAUCUGAAACCUUCACCAUAAACAAUAUCUGCCUCAAGCAUGACAACACUUUUUUGACCUACUUAUGCAACUGCCACAAACACCAAACUAGUCUAGUUGUUUUUUUGUUUUUUUCCCCUUCUUAAGACAAAAAUCUCCAGGUUAGUCAAUCAGGAUUUUAUGCUGCAGUCCCGUUCAAUUCAACAUCCUGUGUGUGUGCGCGCAUGCGUCUGUGUGUGCGUCUGUGUGUGUGUGUGUGUGUGUGUGUGUGUGUGUGUGUGUGUGUGUGUGUGUGUGUGUGUGUGUGUGUGUGUGUGUGUGUGUGUGUGUGUGUGUGCGUGUGUGUGUGUGCGUGUGCGCGUGUGUGUAUUUUCUAUUGUGUUUUAGAAAGAGAACACACCGAUUGUGCUGGCAAAAAUCCCCCCCAAAAUCUUACAUGUUGUCUCAUCUCCAAAGCUGUUUUAGUGCCGCAGCACUUCUGUCAGGUUGCGAUGCUAUUUCAUUCAAAGUGUGCCAGCCCCACCUCGUGGUUACACCACUUUUCUGAUCGUUUUCCUCGCCUCGCUUGUCCUCCUCCUCUUCUUGGUCUGUGCUGUGCCUGUCAAAUCACCACUCAAGUGCCCUAACCUUAUAGGAUGGUGGUUUGGCCUCAAAUGUGGUUCAGCUGACUUUACUAACACACUACUUGUGUUUUAGGAAGGAUGGCCUUAAGUGACCGAGGACAUGUACUGAGUACCAGCAGGUCACCCAUCACUAGUACCUCAUGUAGCAUGUUGUAGACGCUCAGGGCCAUUCACUCUUUGCUUCUUUUUACCUUCUCGCUCUAAAAAUGACCGUUUUUUUAGAAUGUUUACACAGUACUGUAGUCCUGUGUUUUGUUGUAUUUACAGUAAUGCUAGUAACUAACAGUCGCAUGUACACAGCAGAUUAACGUGACAAGCAUCACCUUUUUUUUACUCUAACAUGUACAUUUCUGGUAAAUGCAAACAUUUGAUAAAGAAGUAGAGACAUGAGCAGUCUAUUCGUACAGUAGGAAGGGGAUUCAUAUGGCCUCGUUAAUCGUGUUUCACCUGACACAUGAAACGUGAUGACUUGGGGGAUUGCACUAUUCACUUUAGAUGACAAAGUGUUGAAUACCUUUAAAUGUGUUUUGUGGCACGUCCAACUUUGACCACCAAUGUGAGUUGCUUUGUAGAGUGGCGCUUUCCAUUGUUUUCCGAUGACUGCUUUGCAAAACGAAUAAGCCCCAUCUUCCUCUCACAGGGGAUCCACCCAGGAAUGGGGCCAUAUGAAGCCCUCUCUACUGUACCAUGUCUACAUGUAUGUGCGCAGGUGUGAAUUCUGUCAAGUCUGUGUUUCCCAACCUAUUGAGCCGAGGCACAUAUUUUACAUUGGACAUAACUCACUGCAUACAGAAUGAUGAAGCUUCUGCCAUAUAUUUAAUAGUGCUGUCAUUAAUCAGAUUAAUCACACUUUUGGAUUUCAAUUUAUUGUGAUUAAUCACAGGUUACAUAAUAUAAACUAACUUGAAUAAAGACACCAAUAUUUGGACACAUUCAAUUUUACAGUCAGAAUGUCAUCCAGGGACAUUGUUAAAAUGUGUUCCUGUAAUGCACAACAUUUAUUUGCCCAGAAUGUGCUAACACUUUUAUCUUAAGUCAUGUCUGGGUUUAUUUUGCAGUGAAAUUAGCCAGCGAGCACAACAUCUUGGCACUGACGAACGCAUUGACCUUAUUACAACUACUUGUGAAAUAAAUUGUGUGAUUAAUCUGCUUGAUUAAUGCGAUUUUUUUUUGUGAUUAAUCACGUGUUAACUCGUUAUUUUAUGACAGCCGUGGUAUUUAAUUUUUCUGCCUGUGACCUGUGAACAGAUACUGCGUGUUGUAGUGAAUAUGUAAUCAUUUUUAGACCGAUUAAGUGUAUUUAAUAGUGCUGUCAAAUGAUUACCUAUUUUAAUCAGAGUAAUCACACUUUUGAAUUUGGAUUAAUUGUGAUUAAUCACACGUUGUUAUGCUCGUAUAUAAUUUACACUAACUUUAAAAAGACCCCAACGUUUGGACAUAAAUGCCGUUUUACUGUCAGGAUGUCAUUGAAUGCACUUCUGCACAUGUGACUAAUUCGUGUGUAUACAUGAUUAUUGUAAUGUUUUUUUGUGAUUAUUAACAUGAGUUAACUCGUAAUUUUUGACAGCCCUAAUGUUUAAUUUUGCUGCCUGUGAACGUUGAACAAAUACCGCGUCUUAGUUGUAGUAAAUAAAUUAGAAUUUUUGGACCGAUUAGGUGUAUUUAAUCAUGCUGUCAAAUUAUUACUUAUUUUAAUCAUAAUACAUAACACUUUUGAAUUUGGAUUAAUGGUAAUUAAUCGCAGGUUAUUACAUGCUUUAUGAUUUAAACUAACUUCAAAAAGACCCCAACAUUUGGACAUAAAUGCACUUUUACUGUCAGGAUGUCAUUGAAUGCACUUCUACACAUGUGAUUAAUCUUCGUAAAUACAUGAUUAUUGUAAUAACAUUUUGUGAUUAUUAACAUGAGUUAACUUGUUAUUUUUGACAGCCCUAAUGUUUAAUUUUGCUGCCUGUGAACUUUGAACGAAUACCGCGUCUUAGUUGGAGUAAAUAAAUUAGAAUUUUUGGACCGAUUAGGUGUAUUUAGACGUGCUGUCAAAUUAUUACCUAUUUUAAUCAUAAUAAUUACACUUUUGAAUUUGGAUUAAUGGUAAUUAAUCACAGGUUAUUACGCGCUUUAUGAUUUAAACUAACUUCAAAAAGACCCCAACAUUUGGACAUAAAUGCACUUUUACUGUCAGGAUGUUAUUGAAUGCACUUC